AUGUCGAUUUCAAACGAAGACACCCCUAAUCCUGGUUUACAGGAGAGAAAACCCAAUCGUUUCAUUCAAAGAAUAAAAGCAGAACCCUUGGUCCCGCUUGGCAUAUUUCUGACAGUUUUUGCAUUGGUUGGUUCCACGAUAGGAUAUCAGCGUGGAGAUUCGGCAACUAUGCAAAAAUUUAUGAGGUACCGUGUAAUCGCACAAGGUUUUACCGUAAUAGCAGCCAUGGGAUUACCAAUGCCGAGCAAGAGAUUAAUUGCAGCUAGUGAUUUGGAAGUCGACAAUUAA